AAUUGCUUUGCAAGAAGUGCUCUGUUUUGGCUGGCGCUUUCUCCCAGAUAGAAUGUGCCACUCGUUUCGAAUGUUAUUUGUACUGGGUUACUUCCUACAGUGGAGCACAGUUCAAGCUGAAAUGAACAUUCACUGUAUUCCUGGAAGCUCUGUCUCCCUUUCUGGAGUGGAUGAGGAGCAAAAGAACAAGGCUGAAUUCUUUCAAUGGAAAUUAACCCAUGGAAAUACAGAUAUACCAGUACUGCAGUUUCACAAAGGAGAUACACGACCACCUUUGCUAAAAAAGUACGAUGGUCGCCUUGAUGUCUUCCCAUUUAAUGGAUCAUUUGUCCUUCACAAUUUAACCGCUUCAGAUCAAGGUCUUUAUACACUUCACAUCAAUUUGCAAAAUGUCACGGUGCAAGCCAUUCGACUUUGGGUAAUAGAUGAACUAUCAAACCCUUCAAUAUUCAGCAACUCCACCUUCAUUGCUUCGACCAUCAUGCUGACCUGUAAUGUUUCUGGGCAGCCUCAUGAGUAUCGAUGGCAGAAAGAUGGAGGGAACAUCUCUCAACAUCACCAACGAGUAGAUGGGAACAGAAGCCUCAUCAUUCCGAAUGCUGGGAAAGAUGAUUGUGGGACGUACACCUGUGUCGUAAUCAAUCCUGUCAGCUCUGUCUGGGCUGAUUACACAGUAACUAUUUUUGGCAUUCCACAAGAGCAGUACAUAAUUGUUGUUGCAUCCGUUGUAGGAUUGGUACUUUCUGCAGCCUCUUUUACUGGACAGAUAGUGCAGUGCUGUUUGAAUAAACAACUCAGUCAACAAGUCAGAAUCCAGAGGAUUGCCAAGUGGGUUUAUAAAGAGAUCAAUAUUGGAUCACAGUCUCCCUUGAUCUUUGUCCUGGCUGGUGAUGGCAGGGAAUUCCAAGGAGCCCAGAUUUGGCAGGAGUCUCCCGUGGACCUGGAGUCUCCAUUGCACCCUGAAUGGAGAAAGCUCGAUGAUCACGUGACGCUGGAGCGGAGACUCUUUCCGCGCAAACAUUGCGCACGCUCAGCACAAAGACCACGAAAACGAUCAUGUGAUGUCGACACGUGGUCGUCUUGGCGACGCGAGUUCAUCAGUUACUUUAUAGCCAAUUGGCAUAGUCAGAACAUGCGAUACUAA